AUGCCUUCUUCGGCCGAAGCUGCGGCAGCACAAUGGCUCGAACAGCUGGCGGCCAUGAGGGCUGCUAUCGCUGAGCUCAAAUUACCGGAAACGAACGGCGAACAGAAGCCAGCAUACGAAGCUGAUCUGGACCUCGAGCUGGACGAUGACGAUUUAUCGCCGGCUUCCGGAGACGAUAUCUGGGAUCUGAUCAGUGAAGAAGAGGAAGAGACGUUCAGUGAGGACAGUGUUGAGGUGCCCGCGGCGAUUGGACAAGCGCAAGAUGGCUCCAGAGAUUGGCUCCAUGAGAAGUGCCAAACAGUGGCCAACAAGGGCAACGGGCUCGAGGCCAAUGCUCUUCAAGAGCAGAUUAUUGCUGUGCUCGCAUCUGACAGCAGUGAUGAUGAGCUGCAGAUGACUCUGGCCGAUAUUCUGGGCUUCGAAGAACUCGAUCUAGUUUCGGAUAUCCUCAAGUAUCGAAAAUCAAUUCUUUCCUCCGCUGCUGCUACUUUCACCUCUUCUCGCCCUUCUGGUCUUCUCUCGAAAGCGGAACGUGAUGCUCGGCUUCGAGAGCAGGAUCGAAUGCAUAAGAGUGCCCCACUUGCGGCUGCGCAGAAUCGCUCGCAAGCGGAAUAUCCGCAUAUCUACAAGGCGCAUGAUGCCGGGAAUACGCUUUCUGCGCAUGGAAGAAAGUACGCCCUGCCUAUGGGUAGCGAGAGAAUCGAAAGAGAGAAGUAUGAAGAAUACAGUAUUCCGGCCAAUCGAGUUGGUGUGCUUGGCUCCAAUCAAAAACUAGUGGACAUCAAGGAUAUGGACGGCCUGUGCAGGCGUACAUUCAAAGGAUACAAGUCUCUCAAUCGCAUGCAGAGUCUGGUCUAUCCAGUUGCGUACAACACAAGUGAAAAUAUGCUCAUUUGUGCUCCAACUGGUGCGGGUAAGACUGACGCAGCGAUGCUCACGAUUUUGAACACCGUUGCCAAGAACAUACAUCCCAACCCGAUCGAGGAACCAGACGCUACGGAGUUCGCUGUGCAUGUUGGCGACUUCAAGAUCGUGUAUGUUGCGCCAAUGAAAGCUCUGGCGGCAGAAAUCACGGACAAGCUGGGCAAGCGACUCGCGUGGCUCGGGAUGCAAGUGCGAGAGUUGACUGGUGAUAUGCAACUUACCAAAGCCGAGAUUGUGGCCACGCAGAUCAUUGUCACGACACCAGAGAAAUGGGAUGUAGUGACGAGAAAGUCAAUUGGCGAUACAGAACUUGUGCAAAAGGUUCGACUCUUGAUUAUUGAUGAAGUGCACAUGCUGCACGAUGAGAGAGGCGCGGUUCUGGAGUCUUUGGUUGCGAGAACUGAACGACAGGUUGAGAGUACACAGUCUCUGAUUCGAAUCGUGGGAUUGAGCGCCACGCUGCCGAACUACGUUGAUGUGGCAGAUUUCUUAAAAGUGAACAGGAUGGCAGGACUGUUCUUCUUCGAUCAGUCUUUCCGCCCCGUUCCCCUUGAACAGCACUUUAUUGGCGUCAAGGGCAAGCCUGGAACGAAGACGAGUCGAGACAACAUCGACAAUGUGGCCUUUGAGAAGGUCAAGGACAUGCUGGAAUGUGGACAUCAAGUUAUGGUCUUCGUGCAUAGCCGAAAAGACACGGUCAAAACUGCCAGGACUCUGUUCGAGAUGGCUACGGAGCAGGGCUUGACUGAUCUGUUUGAUCCAAGUUUAUCCGAGGAUUACACGCAGGCCCUCAAGGACGUCAAGCAGUCGAAAGGCCGAGAGAUCCGAGAGUUGGUUGCAAAGGGCAUGGGAACGCAUCAUGCCGGCAUGCCUCGCUCAGAUCGAAACCUGAUCGAAAGACUUUUCGCUGAAGGCGUGCUGAAAGUACUUUGCUGUACUGCGACACUCGCUUGGGGUGUCAACCUUCCGGCUGCCGCUGUUAUUAUCAAGGGCACCCAGCUGUACAGCGCCGAAGCUGGUAAAUUUGUUGACGUCGGUAUCCUGGACGUGUUGCAGAUCUUCGGUCGUGCUGGUCGUCCACAAUUUCAAGACACUGGUAUCGGCAUGAUAUUGACAACGCAGGACAAGCUGCAGCAUUACUUGACCGCUGUCACGCAGCAACAGCCGAUCGAGAGUCAGUUUAGCAAGAAACUGAUCGAUAAUCUGAACGCCGAGAUCUCGCUGGGCACUGUCACCAGUGUGCCAGAGGCGAUCACUUGGAUGGGUUACUCUUAUCUCUUCGUCCGCAUGAAGAGGAACCCAAUCGCAUACGGCAUUGAGUGGGCUGAGAUUCAGCGAGAUCCGAAUCUGGUCCAGCGCAGACGAGAUCUCAUCAUUCGAGCUGCAAAGGUUUUGCAGUCGAGCCAGAUGAUUAUCUUCAACGAAACGACAGAGGAGCUUCGAGCGAAGGAUGUUGGUAGGAUUGCAAGUCAGUACUACGUGCUGCAGACCAGCGUUGAGAUCUUCAACACAAUGAUGCGACCUCAAGCCACGGAAGCAGAUAUCCUCAAGAUGAUCAGUAUGAGUGGAGAGUUUGACAACAUCACCAGCCGAGAGAGCGAAGAGAAAGAGCUGAUGAGACUGAAAGAGAACGCUGCGCCGUGCGACAUCGAGGGCGGUAUCGGAACACAGCAGGGCAAGACGAACGUCCUUCUGCAAUCGUACAUCAGCAAGGCGAACCUCGAAGACUUCACUCUGGUCUCUGACACGGCCUACGUUGCUCAAAACGCGGCCCGUAUCUGUCGAGCAUUGUUCAUGAUUGCGCUUAAUAGGCGUUGGGGCUACCAAUGUCUUGUCCUGUUGAGCAUGUGCAAGAGUAUCGAAAAGCGGGUCUGGCCUUACGAGCAUCCCUUCCAUCAAUUUGAGUUGCCACAAAGUGUCAUGCGACAACUUGACGAGAAGGGUAGCACCGCUUCGAUUGAGUCACUGCGAGACAUGGAAAGUGCUGAGAUUGGCAGUCUGGUGCACAACCAGAAGAUGGGCAGCACUAUCGGCAAGCUGUUGAACAACUUCCCGACCGUAGCUAUUGAAGCUGAGAUUGCGCCUCUCAAUCGAGACGUGCUUCGAGUCAAGUUGUACGUGACCCCGGAGUUCACCUGGAAUGAUCGCCAUCAUGGCAAGAGCGAAAGCUACUGGAUCUGGGUGGAGAACUCUGAGACCAGCGAGAUCUAUCACCAUGAGUACUUCAUCCUUAGCAGGAAGAAGCUCUACGACGAUCACGAGUUGAACUUUACGAUCCCUCUCUCUGACCCACUGCCAAGUCAGAUUUAUGUUCGAGCUGUGAGCGAUCGCUGGCUGGGGGCUGAGACUGUCACGCCCGUUUCGUUCCAACAUCUGAUCCGUCCGGAUACUGAGAGCGUAUACACCGAUCUGCUCAAUCUGCAACCCUUGCCGAUCAAGGCAUUGAAGAACCCGCUGCUGGAGGAGAUCUACGGUCAGCGCUUCCAGUUCUUCAACCCUAUGCAGACCCAGCUCUUCCACUGCAUGUAUUACACUCCUGCCAAUGUUCUGCUUGGCUCUCCUACCGGAUCUGGAAAGACCAUCGCGGCCGAACUUGCAAUGUGGUGGGCCUUCCGAGAGAAGCCUGGCAGCAAGGUCGUCUACAUUGCACCGAUGAAGGCUCUGGUUCGUGAACGUGUUCAAGACUGGCAGAAGCGCCUGACGCGGCAGAUGGGUCUGAAGCUGGUCGAGUUGACUGGUGACAACACACCUGAUACUCGAACAAUUCGUGAUGCCGAUAUUAUAGUCACCACACCUGAGAAGUGGGAUGGUAUAUCACGUUCGUGGCAAACUCGAAGCUAUGUCCAGCAAGUCAGCUUGGUGAUCAUUGAUGAAAUUCACUUGCUCGGUGGAGAUCGUGGACCAAUUCUGGAGAUCAUUGUGAGUCGUAUGAACUACAUUGCUUCGCAGAAGAAGGGCUCUGUGAGAAUUGUUGGCAUGAGUACUGCUUGUGCGAAUGCCAUGGACUUGGCCAAUUGGCUGGGCGUCAAAGAAGGCUUGUUCAACUUCCGACACUCGGUGCGACCUGUUCCUUUGGAGAUCUACAUUGACGGGUUCCCAGAACAGAGAGGAUUCUGUCCGUUGAUGGAGAGCAUGAAUCGGCCGACUUUCUUGGCGAUCAAAGCUCACAGCCCCAGCAAGCCGGUUAUUGUUUUCGUCGCAUCGAGAAGACAGACGAGACUGACUGCGAGGGCGCUUAUCAACCUUUGUGGCAUGGAAGACAAUCCGAGAAGAUUCAUGCAUAUGUCUGAAGACGAUCUGGCAUUGAACACAGAGCGCGUGAAGGAUGAUGCGCUGAGAGAAGCACUGAGCUUCGGCAUCGGAUUGCAUCAUGCUGGACUUGUCGAGUCGGAUCGAUCGCUGGCCGAAGAGCUUUUCGCCAACAACAAGAUCCAAAUCUUGGUCGCAACGAGUACUCUGGCAUGGGGUGUCAACUUGCCCGCGCAUUUAGUCGUGGUCAAGGGAACUCAGUUCUUCGAUGCAAAGAUUGAAGGCUAUAAAGACAUGGACUUGACAGACGUCCUCCAGAUGCUGGGACGAGCUGGUCGACCGCAAUUCGACACUUCUGGUAUCGCGAGAAUUUUCACGCAGGAUUCAAAGAAGCCCUUUUACAAGCACUUUUUGCAUACAGGCUUCCCUGUUGAGUCGAGCUUGCACAAUGUUUUGGACAAUCACUUGGGUGCCGAGGUCUCAGCUGAGACUAUCGCGACCAAGCAGGAUGCUCUGGACUACUUGACUUGGACAUUCUUCUUCCGACGUCUGCACAAGAACCCGUCCUACUAUGGGCUGGAAAUCUCUGCUGAAGAGAACAACACGAUUGCUGCCCAACAGGCUGCCAGUGAUUACAUGAUUGAGAUGGUCGACAAGUCGCUCAAUGAGCUUGCAGAAUCGAAAUGUAUCACCAUCAUGCCGAAUGGCGAUAUCGAUCCUACACCUCUCGGCAAAAUCAUGAGUUACUACUAUCUCUCUCACAAGACCGUUCGAACAUUGACUGAGCAUGCCAAACCUACUGCAACCUUCGAGGACGUUCUGGGCUGGAUGUGCCGCGCGACAGAAUAUGACGAGCUCCCUGUCCGACACAACGAAGACCUCAUCAACGCCGAGCUGUCCAAAAACCUUCCCAUCGACGCAGAAAAGCUGGGUCUUGUCAUGUGGGAUCCGCAUGUCAAAGCUCAUCUCUUGCUCCAAGCGCACUUCUCUCGAAUCGAUCUUCCGAUCAGCGAUUAUGUGGGUGAUCAGAACUCGGUUUUGGACCAGGCAAUCCGUAUCUUGCAGGCUUCGAUCGAUGUCUUAACAGAGCUAGGAUACCUGCAGAGUUGCAAGAUGAUGAUGACGCUUCUGCAGUGUGUGAAGAGCGGAAGAUGGCCAGAUGAUGGACCAUUAGCGAUCUUCCCCGGUGUUGGACCUGAGAAGGAGAAGAAGAGAAUUCUUGGAGAUAAUGGAAGGCCGAAGACUUUGUGCGAGGCUACGACUUGUGAAAGAGGGGUCAUCGAGGGCGCGUUGAAGCAAGUCGGGCUACCAAAUCCCAGCUUUGGGAGGGUCAUGAAACCUCUUGGUCAACUACCCCAACUGCAAAUCGGUGUCUCGGACGUGAACGCUCUGGGCUUGAGCGUUUACUUGUCCCGCCUCAAUCCUGUUCAGGACAAGGAGUACAGAAUCUACGCGCCGCGCUACCCGAAGCCGCAGACAGAGGGAUACUUCUUGAUCGUGCAUGAUGCUACGAAUGGAGAAAUUUAUGCCAUGAAGAGAGUCAAUUGGCCUUCAAAUGACAGAGGUGGGAAAGGAAGAGGUGCUGGUACGAACGCUGUGGGGAGCAAGCCGACGACGAAGUCUACUUUCAGUUUGCCGGAGAGUGAUGUGGAGAGGAAGAUCAGAGUUGUGGUUGUUAGUGAUGCGUAUAUUGGGAUGGAGUGGGUGGUUGAGGAGGAUGUGGAGGUUCCUCCUGUGCCGAGGGUGGUGGAUGAUGGGUUGAAGAAGGGAAAGGAGUAAGGAGAUGAUGAAGGCAUGAGGCUGAUAAACAGAGUUGGCAGUAUGGAAUGACUGCGCGAUUGCAUGAAGUUACGAACUUCACGACGAGCAGGAUACCAGGCGUUCAAUCCGAAUAUAGGCUUUUGUGGUGGAAUUCGAACUGAAUGUUUGCUUGACGCUAAUGCAUGGAACUCACUAGCGGCGUUUCGAGUCGAAGCUUGCGGAUGCUAUAAGUUGCCUCAACUUCUCGCGGAUUUUCUCUUCGGCGACAACAUUUCGCAAGUCAUCGUCACCGGCCCCCAACUCGCAAUGGCCAACACGGCCAUUACGACCAUCGCGAGUGACGGCGAUGUGAUUCUCACCGUCGGCGCCCCAACGGACUCAGCCAUGUGCCGCAAAAUGCGCGUUUCCGCCGCCACGCUCACCGCAAUCUCGCCACUGUUCAAAACACUCUUUGGACCACAUUUUCGCGAGGGUCGGCAAGCUAGGAAUUCCUCCA